AACAAUCACAUACACAAUUUUAUAUAAUUUAUUAUCACAAAAUCACAUUUCCCCAUUUUUGUAAUUCAAUGAAUUGAAUACUUCCACUUGUUUACUGAAUUUUUAAAUUUUCUACUUGUAUAUAAAUUCAAGAACUCCCUUACACGUAUUCUGUAUAUUCUUACCAUAUAAUUCCUUGAUUCUCCAUUCAAACCACCAAAUUGAUAUUCUCUCUACACUCUCUUAUCCUCUGUUUUUGGUGGGAGAAAGAUAAGGAGCCAAUUUUGUACCAUUCAAGAACAAAAAAACUCACUUUUUUUUUGUUAAUUUUUCUGAGUGUAAGUGGGAUUUUUGAAUCAUUGAGUUAAUUGAUUAAAUAUUGAGUUUUUUUUGUUGGGAUGAGAAAGAAAACAAUUUUUGGGGUUAUUUUUAAUGUAAUUUCAACCAUUGUGUUGAUUACUUUCAUUUACAAUUCCUCUUUUAAUCAUAAAUGGAAUUUAGGAAGUGGGUUUUUUCAUGGUGGUAUUUCUCAUGGAAGAAACAUGGAAGAAAUCCAUGGAAGUUCAUCAAAUGGUAUAAGUAACAUAACCCUACUUCACCAUCAAAUUUGUGCAGAAGUUUUUGAGCACAAGGGUUAUUCAACCAGUUGUGAUUAUGUUCUUGACAACCCAGAUUGUACUUCAGGUGGGUUUUUCAAUUACAUGAAAAUUUUCUACUGUAAUUGCAAGAAUUUCCCUUUUUUUGGGUAUUUAAUUCUAGGUUUUUGGCUUGCAAUUCUUCUCUAUUUAUUGGGAAAUACAGCUGCAGACUAUUUCUGUUAUUCAUUAGAAAAACUAGCUGAACUUCUGAAAAUGUCUCCUACUGUUGCUGGUGUUACUUUGCUUCCAUUUGGUAAUGGAGCUACUGAUGUAUUUGCUAGUAUUGCUGCAUUUAUGGGUAAGGGUUCUGACGAUGUCGGCUUGAAUGGUGUUUUGGGUGGUGCUUGUUUUAUCACUUGUGUUGUUGUUGGUGUUGUUUCUAUCUGUAUUUCUGAUAGAAAUGUUCCAAUUGAUAAGAAAUGUUUUGUUAGAGAUAUAUGUUUCUUUCUCUUUACAAUUGGGUGUCUUGCAUUGAUUUUGUUGAUUGGUAAAGUGAACAUUUGGGGUGCUAUGGCUUUUGUGUCAAUAUAUGUUGUUUAUGCUUUAUUUGUUGGUGUUAAUGAGAUUAUGAACAAGAAAGGUAGGGGUUUGAGAUUCGGGGGUUUGACCCCACUUCUUCCUGUGGUUGGAAGCUUCUUUGGAGCUUCUAGAAGUGAAGGGGAAGAUGAGUCAAUGUGUGCUUCUUUGCUUAGUCCUGAUAAUCAUGACAAUAACGCAUAUGAGAUAUCCCCUAAACUGCCUCAUUGGAUAUGGAAUACCAAUCUUGCAAUCUAUUCAGAUUAUGUAAAACCUAGAGUAGAAUCUAGUCCUAGGAAUUGGGGUUGGAAUGAUGAUGAGGUUAUGAUUGAAGAUUCGUUAUGUUCGUUUUCAAGGCUAUGUUCGAUGUUUGAGGUACCGUUGAGUGUUCCUAGACGUCUAACGAUCCCUGUAGUCGAAGAGGAGAGGUGGUCUAAGGUUUAUGCUAUUGCAAGUGCAUUUUUUGCUCCAAUUCUUGUAGCAUUCUUGUGGAAUAGACAAGAAAACCUAGGGCCGUUGAGUGGGAGUAUUGCUUAUACGAUUGGUUUCUUAGUCGGUUUUAUGUUGAGUGUACUCGCCCUUUUAUACACUAGUCCCGAUCACCCCCCUCGUAGUUUCUUAUUCCCAUGGGUUCUUGGUGGAUUCUUGAUGAGUAUCAUUUGGUUUUACAUCCUAGCAAACGAGCUCGUUGCUCUACUCGUUUCGUUGGGGGCCUUAUUCGGUGUCAACCCCGCUAUGCUUGCUUUAACCAUCUUGGCUUGGGGGAAUUCAAUGGGUGAUCUUAUGUCGAAUACCGCUCUAGCAAUGAAUGAUAACAACGGUGUGCAAAUCGCUAUGUCAGGAUGCUAUGCAAGCCCUAUGUUUAAUACAUUGAUUGGAUUGGGAGUUUCUUUGUUGUUUGCAGCAUGGUCUAAAGGUUCCGAACCUUACAUAGUUGCAAGAGAUAGUGGUUUGUUCAUCACUAUGGGAUUUCUUGCUAUAGGUCUUAUAUGGGCUCUUAUUGUUUUGCCACAAAACGAAAUGCGCCCUAACAAGAUCUUGGGUAUCGGCCUCAUAAUCCUUUACGCCAUCUUCAUAUCUCUUCGGAUCAGCAUCGCCCUUGUUUUUGGCUCAGAGUCGGUGUAGCUAGGCUAGCCGACUCUAGUGCUUUGGGAUUAAGGCUCUUGCAUCGUUGUUCAGUCGGUGUAGCUAGGAGUAGAUAACGAAUAUAGUAUCGAUUAUAAUGUAUGAUAUGGAUUGUACAGUUACAUAUAGGUAUUUUUUGGACCUUGGUUUCCAUCUCGGAUAUCAAGUCAUUUUCGUAGCAGAAAUCAGUUGCCUUAUGCAAUUGCUUCAUACCAUAUUUGGCUCUAAAACAUCAUAAACUGUUAUCUUUGUUGGUAUUCAAUGAAAAUGAUGCUCGAAAGUUAUCAUUUUCGCAGUGUUAAGUUUCGUUACAAAUUCUCGAAAGUGAUCGUUUUCAUGUAGAAUAUUACUAGUUUUGACAAGAAUACUAUAACCGAAUUCAUGUGUUAAA